AUGCAGCAGCAAAUUAUUUCCUCAAGUUGCAAAGCAACUCCUACCAAAUACAUGCAUAACUCCUUUUCACAUCUUUUACAACACACAUUAUCCUUCAAGUUAAUUUCUUUAAUCUCUUUAAUCUUUUUAUCAGCAUUAAUCGAAGCUGCUCCAGUACCUAAUACUCUUGGUCCCAUUACAUCAAUCCCUAAUUUACAGAGCUUUGCUAAUUACGCUGCUGCUGCUUAUAUUAAGGCUCCUCUUCAAAAUUGGGACUGUGGAGAAAUCUGUCAGAAAACUAAGGGUACCCAAUUGGUUAAAGAAUUUAGUAACGAUGUGCUUAACACAAGAGGUUACAUAGCCACGGAGCCAGAAAAACAAUUAAUCAUCGUAGCAUAUAGAGGAACGGAACCAGGAAGUAUUAAAAAUUACAUUUCUGACUUUGUCAUUUAUCACGAUACUUGGAAACCUGCACCUGGUACCUUGGUACACCAUGGAUUUCUUAAUGCUUGGGAACAAAUUCAACCCCAAGUUACCGAUGAUCUUUUAAAAUUAAUCCAAGAAAAGCCCGAUUUCAGGAUCGGAUUUAUGGGUCACAGUUUAGGUGGUGCACUUGCUACAUUUUCGGCAUUAGAUCUUAUAAAUAAAGCGCCAGAAUUAGCUAAAAAUGAAAAAUUGUUUCUUUCUACAUUUGGUCAACCAAGAAUGGGUGAUGAAAAAUUUGCUGAAUUUGUUGAUGAGAACCUAAGAGCAAUAAGAACUGUAGUUCAUGGUGAUCCAAUUCCUCGUUUGCCUCCACCAUGGCCAAUUCCAUUUAUUGGGUCCUAUAAACAUUUUGGUAAAGAAUUAUAUAUAAAUAAUCCUGAUCAAGAUCCAGAUGCCUUUCAGGAAUGUGUGGCUGAAGAUCCAAAUUGUUCUGAAUCGGUGCCUUUUGAUUCCAAUGAAGGUGACAAAAAUUACGAUUACUCAGCUGAUCCUUAUUUCAAUUAUGACCCAAAUUACAAUUAUGGGGGAGCUAUGGGAGUUAACGAUGUUGGUGGUGCUAAGGGAGUUAACGGUACUAAGGAAGUUAAAGGUACUAAGGGAGUUAACGGAGUUGACAGAGCUAAAGGUUAUAGAUAG